AUGCGUGGAGUUUGGUCAUUUGUUUCUGGCCUAGCGCUGGUUGCACGUGGCCAAGCAGCUUACCUCGACACGUCGGGCUACUUCGUCUCCAACGUUACCGACAGCAAGACGGCUCUCAACCUCCAGCUCUCACGCAACACGACCAUCGCCGAUACCACAUAUGGUGACGAUCUCGAUGAUCUCGUCGUUGAAGUGACCAAGAGCUCGAACGACGUCGUGCGCGUCAAGAUCGCUGACCAUGCUGGAGAACGCUGGCAAGUCCCGUCCAGCCUCGAUACAUCCCUUGGAAACAUUUCGUGGUCAACGAGCGAGUCGACGGUGGCUUUCACGUACACUUCCAGCCCGUUCACGUUCCAAGUGACGCGUAAGUCGGACGGGUAUGUGCUCUUUGACUCGUCGGCAUUGUCGUUGGUUGUCAAAGACAAGUACCUGCAAGUCGCAACGGCUGUGAACGACGAUGUCAGUGUCUACGGCUUUGGUGAAUCCACUCAAAACACGAUGCACGUCAACACCGGUGACAGGCGUACGCUGUGGGCUCGAGACCAAGGAUCAGCCGUCCACAAUACGAACCUGUACGGUUCGCACCCGUUUUUCAUGGGAAUCAACGGUGACGGUAAGGCACACGGUGUACUUCUGCUUAAUAGCAAUGGGAUGGAUAUGACGUUCGAAGAUGGCAAAAUUGUGUACCAAACCAUCGGUGGUAUUCUCGACUUCCACAUUGUCGCGGGUCCUUCGCCAGCGGACGUUGUCUCUCAGUACACGGGGCUAACCGGUCGUCCGAAGCUGAUGCCGUACUGGUCCUACGGUUUUCACCAGUGUCGCUACGGAUACAACUCGAGUGCCUCCCUUCGGGAAGUAGUGAGGCAGUACAAGGCGCACAACAUCCCACUGGACGUCAUGUGGGCCGAUAUCGACUACAUGAAGGACUACGAGGACUUUACCCUCGACCCGGUGAAUUUCCCAGAGUCGGAUAUGACGGAACUGCUCGCCGAGAUCCACACUGCCGGUCAGAAAUUCGUACCAAUCAUUGAACCGGGUAUCCCCGACGACGAGGAAUUGUACGCGUAUACUCGUGGUCUCGAGAUGGAUAUCUUCAUGAUGAACGGUGAUGGCAAACCUUAUCUUGGUCAAGUGUGGCCGGGUCCGACGUACUUCCCAGACUUCCUUCACCCCGAUGUACAAAGCUACUGGGGAGAGCAACUCUCACGGAUGUAUGAGUUGAUGGAGUAUGAUGGUAUCUGGAUUGACAUGAACGAGCUAUCCAACUUCUGCAACGGCCUUAACUGUUCGCGCUCAGACAACGUGACAUGUCCUAACGCUGAUGCCCAGACAACGUGCUGCCUUGUAUGCACGGAUGAUGAAAACGAGUGGAACUACCCUCCGUUUGCGAUCAACAAUGACGGGGACCAGACACCGAUCUACUACAAGACCGUGUCGACCAGUGCGCAGCAGUACGGUGGUGUGCUGCAGUACAAUUCGCACAAUCUGUACGGAUUCACGGAAGCGAUCGUCACCAACGCGGCGCUGGAGUCGGUCUUCAACAAGCGCGCGUUCGUGCUCUCACGCUCCACCUUCUCGGGUUCUGGCGCUCACACGGCCCACUGGACGGGUGACAAUGCCGCCACGUAA